GCUUUCUAGAGGAAGAAGAAGUGUCACAAAAAACACAUGGAGAACCUUGAUUCCCCACUGGUAGUUUCUCAAGAUAUGGAAUCCCAGGAGCGAUUUGGCAAAGAUGAGAUCUUAGCUGAGGUGAAGAAGCAGCUGUUAUUAGCAGGCCCUCUCGUGUCAGUCAAUUUCUUGUUAUUUGCUUUGCAGCUUACCUCGGUAAUGUUCGUGGGUCAUCUCGGGAACCUUGCACUCUCCGGUGCUUCCAUAGCUACUUCCUUUGCUUCUGUAACUGGUUUUAGCUUAUUGAGGGGGAUGGCAAGUGCAUUGGAUACAUUCUGCGGUCAAUCAUAUGGAGCAAAGCAAUAUCACAUGCUCGGUGUUUACUUGCAAACAGCGUUGAUCGUGCUCUUAUCGGCCACCGUUCCCCUCGCCUUGAUCUGGGCGAAUGCUACUUCGAUUCUUUUGUUUUUCGGGCAAGACCCCGAGAUAUCGGCCGAAGCCGGACGCUACGCUCGGUUCAUGCUGCCGAGCAUUUUCGGUUUCGCUAUCCAGGAGUGCCAUAUAAGAUUCUUACAAGCACAAAACAAUGUUGUUCCGAUGAUGGUCAUCUCGGGAUUCACGACAUUGCUUCAUAUCCUUGUUUGUUGGAUUCUGGUGUUCAAGUCUGGUCUAGGAAACAAAGGUGCUGCUUUGGCGAACGCAUUCUCCUACUGGACCAAUGCUGUAAUUCUAACACUGUAUGUCAGAAUCUCUCGUUCCUGUAAGAAAACUUGGACGGGUUACUCCAUGGAAGCCGUGUAUUGUAUCCCCAAGUUCUUGAGAUUAUCAAUUCCGUCAGCUGUAAUGCUCAGCUUGGAAGUUUGGUCGUUUGAGAUGAUGGUUCUCUUGUCCGGUCUUCUUCCAAAUCCAAAGCUCGAAACUUCAGUUUUGGCAAUCAGCCUUAAUACAUGUUCGACGAUUUAUAUGAUUCCUCUUGGGCUUAGUGCUGCAGUUAGCACAAGAUCUUCCAAUGAACUGGGUGCCGAAAGGCCGCGAGCGGCUUUUCUAGCGGUGUGUGUUACGAUGGUGAUGGUGAUGGUGAUGAGUGAAGGAAUUGUGGUGGGCAUGGUCAUGAUUUCGGGUCGGAAAAUCUGGGGUUACCUUUAUAGCGAAGAUGAGCAAGUGGUGAAAUAUGUGGGACAAAUGUUUCUGCUCAUUGCUGCCUCCCAUUUUGUUGAUGGUAUUCAAUCUGUGCUUACAGGGGUUGCUAGAGGAUGUGGUUGGCAGAAAAUGGGGGCCGUGGUUAAUCUUGGAGCAUAUCAUCUUAUCGGUAUCCCUUCUUCAAUCAUACUUGCUUUUGUUUGUCAUCUCGGAGGGAAGGGACUGUGGACAGGUAUAAUUGUGGCACUAACUGUGCAAGCAUCAUGUUUAGCCAUAUUAACUCUAAGAACCAAAUGGGAGGAAGAGGCAACGAAAGCUGUAAACAGGGCAACAAAUUCGUGGGUGCAAUGUUAUCAUGAAGUGAAGAGAUGAGUUGCCGUGUUGUAUUACUACCACCGAGUCGUUUCACAUU